UUGCAAAGCGCAAGUUCGCUGUCACUUUUUUUUGUCGAGGACGAAUUGCGCACAGAAAAAACAACGAUGGAGGAGAGGAGCAUCCCGGGAUGGUGCGUGCUGCUCGCCCUCGUCCUGCACGGCUGCAUGGCGGCCAAGGAGCUCCAGUGCCAGGAGAUCUCCGUGCCUCUGUGCAAAGGUAUCGGCUACAAUCACACUUACAUGCCCAACCAGUUCAACCAUGACACGCAGGACGAAGCCGGCCUGGAGGUGCACCAGUUCUGGCCGCUGGUGGAGAUAAAGUGUUCCCCGGACUUGCGCUUCUUCCUCUGCAGCAUGUACACGCCGAUCUGCCUGGAGGACUAUAAGAAGCCACUGCCGCCGUGCAGGAGCGUGUGUGAGCGGGCGAAAGCUGGCUGCGCUCCUCUCAUGAGGCAAUACGGCUUCCCGUGGCCGGACCGGAUGAGGUGCGACCUGCUGCCCGAGCAGGGCGACCAGGACACGCUGUGCAUGGACUACAACCGCAGCCAGACCACUACAGUGUCUCCGGUGGUGGCGAAGCCCACCAACCGGCCCCUGAAGCCGUACAACACCAAGAAGAAGAGUGGCUUCGGUCGUGGCAUCCCUGGUAAACACAAACCAGCGGCGUCUGCGUGUGAGACGGGGUGCUUCUGCCGCGCGCCCAUGGUGCCGGUGACCAGCAACGGACACCCGCUGCUCAACCGCGUCAAAACAGGGCAGAUCUUGAACUGUGCCAUCCCGUGCCACAACCCUUACUUCUCCCCAGAAGAGAGGACUUUCACCGCCUUCUGGAUCGGUCUGUGGUCCGUGCUGUGCUUCAUCUCCACUUUCGCAACUGUGGCGACUUUUCUAAUUGACAUGGAGAGGUUUAAGUACCCGGAGCGCCCCAUCAUCUUCCUGUCCGCCUGCUACAUGUUCGUGUCAGUUGGAUAUAUUGUCAGGCUGAUCGCUGGACAUGAGGAAGUGGCCUGUAACCGGGAGAACGGCGCUGACCACAUCCACUAUGAAACCACAGGUCCUGCACUCUGCACCAUCGUCUUUCUGCUCAUCUACUUCUUCGGCAUGGCCAGCUCGAUCUGGUGGGUGAUUCUGUCCCUCACCUGGUUCCUGGCGGCAGGUAUGAAGUGGGGGAACGAGGCGAUCGCCAGUUACGCACAGUACUUCCAUUUGGCCGCCUGGCUCAUCCCCAGCAUGAAGUCCAUCGCGGUUUUGGCUCUGAGCUCAGUGGACGGGGACUCCGUGGCUGGGAUUUGCUACGUGGGCAACCAGAAUCUGGAUAACCUUCGGGGGUUUGUGUUGGCACCACUGGUUAUCUACCUGUUCAUCGGCACCAUGUUUCUGCUCGCCGGCUUCGUGUCGCUGUUCAGGAUCAGGAGUGUGAUCAAACAAGGCGGCACUAAGACGGACAAACUGGAGCGGCUGAUGAUCCGGAUAGGCGUGUUCACGGUUUUGUACACCGUCCCGGCCACUGUCAUAGUGGCGUGUUACUUUUACGAGCAGCACAACAGACAGACGUGGGAAAUUACGCACAACUGUACGUGCAUGACGGACCCGAGCAGGCAGAGGCCGGACUAUGCCGUGUUCAUGCUCAAAUACUUUAUGUGCCUCCUGGUGGGGAUCACCUCCGGAGCGUGGAUCUGGUCCGGGAAAACUCUGGACUCCUGGAGGACUUUUUGUACGCGGUGCUGCUGGGGGAGUAAAGCCUCCGCUGGCUCCAUGUACAGCGACGUGAGCACUGGACUCACCUGGAGGUCCGGGACGGCCAGCUCCGUGUCCUGCCCCAAACAGAUGCCACUGUCCCGGGUUUGAUCAAAUGCAUGUCAUUUGACACUUAAGACUUUAAAACCAGCGCAUAUCAGCUCUUUUUGGGGGACAAAGUGGCGUAAAAACUGAUUUUAUUUGUUAAAUUAUAAAAGAAAAAAAUGAGUCACCAAACUGCCAGUUUGAAUGAAAGUUUUUGGUUCUGAACACUCCCCUAAUGUGAACUAGUUGUUGAAUUUACGCUCUAUUCUGCUCGUUAAAGUUCAGUUUGAACUUCCAUUGCCUUAUCCAAAUGAUGGCUUUGAAUAGAGGAGGGUUGGAGCAGGAGGAGGGGAGGAGGGUGACUAAUUGUGUUGGGAUUGUCCAUCAGCGUGUUGUAAUUAGCACAUUAAUGAGCGCCUAAUGGCUUCUCUUUAAAUAAUGAGACUGUCAGCAGCAGAACAAUGUACCUGGCACGAAGAAUGCAGAGUCUUAUCUGGGCUUAAUUGAAUGCGUACAGCUGACAAGAUCCCCCUUGUCGAUAGGUUACACGGUGCAGCUGAGGCUCUUCUUCUUACUGUAAAGAACCGCUGUGUCUUAAACACCACAUUUCACAAUGAGGCCGCUCUGUUUUGUCUACGAGAUGGAUUUAUACGUACAUUAAUCAAUGCCUUAAUACUGUCUCAUACGGGUUUGCAUUAAAAGUGUAUUUAUAUAAUUAUUGGUGUACAUAUAUUGUACAUUUGUAUAUGGAAUUUUACGAGACUGUAAAUAUGUAUAAUUUCCACUUUGAUAGAAGAUUUUAUUUUGAGAAUAAACAACUUUUAUUGAACGUUUA